CUCUUGUGAUUGGGUCCCUCGCUUCAAACCCAAAUCUCCAGCUUUGGAGGUACCGUCUUGCCGUCAUAUUGUCGCACCACUAGCACCAAUCGCAUUGCCAAGUCGUCGUAAGAGCAAGGACACGGCUCGUUCGCCUCUGGGGGGGUUUUCAGUGCAGACCUCGGUAACGUCCCGACUUUCGUGGCGAACUUGGGUGGAUGUGGUCUGCUUCAGGGCGAGAGGAGGGAAAGAGAGGGAGGAAAAGAAAAUAGCAGCGCAAGAGGCGAUGGUGGAACUUUUGGGGUACGGACUGGAAAUGCCUAGGGGAGACUGGCACGGUAAGGUGUCGGGGAACUUUUGCUGGUGUCUUUUGCCUUUGCCUUUGCCAUUUUCAUCCCAUCAUCCAUCAGCCAUUCCUUUGCCCCCAAAGGAGCUCGCACCACUCGCACCACGCGUGCCCAAUGACAUGAGUCAUCACCUGGGGACAAGAGUGUUCCCUCUUGGAACGAGACAACGAGUCGUAAUAAGUCAGUCAUGUGGAUUCGCCAAAUAUGGAGACCAGACGGGGGGCGCGUCCACCCCGAAAAGUGAAAAGUGAAAAGUUGGCCUUCCCUUCACACCUUGUUGACCACACCCACCCUGGCUCCAGGCCUCCACGUCAGUUCCAGUUCCGUCCCGUCGUCAGGCAUGCAGACCCCGUCUGAUGUCGGAUGGUCAGCUGUAUGGAUGAUUGAGCUAGUGCUAUAAAAUACCAGGCUCUGCCAGCCAGCCGUCCCCUCCUCCCCAGGCUAUGUGGUCUCGCCGCUGUGGCGUAUUGAUUCGCUGCUCAAAGCAUCCUUUUGGGAAAAGCUCGCUCGACGCGGCUAUCUCGAGGCCAAAUACUUAACCUGGGUAAGGCAUACCUUGGUCUUUUUCGAAUCAUCAUGUUGCACAGCCUUGCAGGCAGCAGAGCGUCCUGUCAAGUCAUCCUCCGCACUAUAUCUCCGAGAAAUUCAAGGUACUUUCUGCCAUGUUGCUCGCUUGAACCGUCAUCACUCCCACCGUCCACCUCAGCAGCAGCAGCAUCAGCAGCAUCACCUUCACACAUCGCCUAUCCAACCACCGGCCAUCAUGAUUAUGAGAGAUAACUAUCCAGUCUCGCCUCCCAGCGACUACGAUACAACAUACACAUCGAUAUCCGCCGUCACGCCGGACCAGAAGAAAGCGCACAUUGUCAUCAUGGCCGAGGAGAUGGUCCCCUCGCUGCCGGAACCAUCCAUCAAGAUCCAGGGGGCGUUUCGGCGCACCAGAUCCCCGCCUCGCAACGAACAAGGCCAGAUGUUCUGCGACCACAUCAACUGUCGUGGCAGGAACCAGACGUUCAAGCGCGUCUGUGAAUGGAACAAGCACAUGGACAGACACGAGAGACCAUACAAGUGCCGUGAGGCCGGCUGCGAACUCAACCCCGGAUUCACCUACUCGGGCGGGCUCCUGAGGCACCAGAGGGAAGUGCACAAGAUGCACCUGUCGACCAAGCAGCCGCUCUUCUGUCCGUUCCCCAAUUGCAACCGGAGCUCGGGCACGGGCUUCACCAGGAAGGAGAACCUCGAGGAGCACAAGCGGCGGCGACACCUUGAGGAGCUGUCGGACCAUGGCCUGCACCCGGAAGCGAUCUCGCAACCUGUCGCGGGUGCCGGCACGGCGACGAGCUCGAGCGUCGGCCAAGAACCGGCCGCCAAGCGACGAAAGAUCUCAACGGCAACAGAGGUCCAGGGGCAGGGGCAGGGGCAGGGACAGCAACAGCAACAGCCACAGCCACAACAACAUCUAGGCAACGAGGUGGCACCUAGUACCAUUGACACGAUCGUCGGAAGCGCCGAGAGUCAGUUGAUCCAACACCUCAGGGAAGAGCUCCGGCAGAAGGAGGAGUUUAUUCGCCGCCAGGCAGCCGAGAUCCAUCGCCUGCAGAACCUGUUACGCAGUUUGCCACCUCAGGCGAUAUACCACAUGCAAAACCGGAUGCCUGGCAGUGGCGUGGGCUAAAGUAAUAACAUACCUUUUGUUGACCGGAGGAAUUUGGGGGGGG